AUGCUCUUCGACUUGGCACCGGCGUUCUCACGCGCGGUAGCCGUCAACACCUCCGAUGUUAUUGCUCCUUCUGCGUUUGCCCCACCUCUUCAUGGAUGUCCUGCCUUGGCGAUCGCCACCACCGACACAGCGGCGACCUCGUCGUACCGACUCGCGAUGGUGAAAGUAGCCACCAAGUGCUCAGUGGUGGAGCAAGCUCGCCAAGUGCAAGGCAUGCGAGGAGUCGUUGGUGCUGUCUUCUUCAACAGCUCGGCCAACGUCGAUGACGCGACCCUCCCUUUCGUCGACACUACCGUUGUGCUCCACUUGCGCGGGGCGUUCGCCAAGGCUUAUUACGACCAUGUUGAGAUUGUGCUGUAUGCAUCCUCUACUUCGCCGUCGUUGACACCUCUCUUGGCUUCAAUCAUCUCGGCUUUUGAGCCGUCAACGGUGCGCUUCACACCGCAUGUUCAAGUGUACCCGGCCAAGGAAUGGGGCUGCGACAGCCGUCCACUUCAAAACAACUGCCCGUCGCUGUGCGUCGACGACGCCUUUUGCACAUUCGACCCCGACAACGACCCAGAUCGUGAGAACUCUGGAGCGGACAUGCUGCUUCAACACGUCCGCCUGUGGCGCCAAUGCGUCGAUUUCAAUCGCACAAUACUCGUCCUCGAGCACGAAGCGCAGCUGCUCUUUGCGUCGGGGCUCACGGAUUUCCCAGCUCUUACCGUCGUCGAUCCGCUGCUCUAUGGCGUGGAAAGUGGUUCCACCGGCUACGACAGCUUCCGCUUCAGCAACACGAGCCGCACUCUCGUGCGGCGUGCGCACAUGAACCGACUUCCUGCCAACGACCCGCAUUGCAACCGCCUUUGCAUGGAUGGCAAGGGCGUGCCAUGGGGCAAAGCUCAAGUCGAUCCGUGCGGCACUUGCGGUGGCCACGGUAUGCGGGUGGGUCUUGGUCGAAAUGGAUGGAUACGAUCGUUCGACGCGUGUGGCCUGUGCGCUGAUCCCUGCCGACAAAACUUCAAGUGCGUUGUCGACAACGGCAGCAGCGAGGCGGUCGUACAGCACGUCGUCCACGGUCUCCCGUGCGUGCCGCCGACCUCGAAUGAAUAA